CAAAAAGAAGAUUCAUUGUAAAGAACUAAAAACAAGUAAAUUCUUGUUUUUGUCUGGUUUUCUUUGUAUUUCUGUUGGUGGGAUAACUUCCGCAGGGGCACUUUGACUCCAGUGACAGUUUCCUGGAAGAAGUUGGUUGGAACAGUUUUACACACACAGUUGCCAGAUUCUGAGGUUUGGCCAUGCAGGAUCUUGAGGUGUUUAAACAGAUUCCUGGAUACAAGGCCAUUUUAAAGGCGGUGCUCAAAAAUCAGAUCCAGUCACUGGUGCUGCAGUUAGCCCAGCAGACAGGAGAGGAAUCUGUGUUGAUCACAGCCUCACUGGAAGAAGGGACUUUGUCUCAACUUGGGUCUGAAUUUGGCAAGACAUUUCUCGAAGGUCAUGAUGAAAUCAAGUCACAGUUCCUGGGAUUUUGUCUCAAAAGAAAUCAGAUCCAGAAACAGACGAAAGAGUUUCAAGAAUCAAAACCAAGAAAGAGUUGGUCAGCCCGGAGACCCCAGGUGACCCUUCCCACUGUUGCUAGGAGAUCACAACCGUAUCCUGUCUCCAUGACAACAGCUAUGUCAAGGUCAGCCAAACAGAAAGUAGCUGGAACAGAUCGUUGUCGCCGAAAACAGAAUAAGACAGUUAAAACAGAGGCAACAGUCCCAUAUCCUACAUCAGCCAGUGAAGAUUAUAUCAUAACAAACAACUUACCCACCAAUCUUCAGGUGACAUCAUUUCCCUCCCAAGGUCAGGGUCAUGUGUCUGAAAAUCAAAGUCCAUCUCAAGUUUUACCUGUUCCACCUUUAAAAAAUGAACCAGUUUAUGUGAACAAUCUGAUGGUAAAAAAAGACAGCGCUGGAUCCCUUUACAAUGAGGAUUCUUUCGACUCGUUGAAUAACAAUGAAAAUCAAAGUACACAAAGUAGCAUUACAGAUGGUGUAUGUGGCGAGACUGAUACUUCAGAUGUUGCCACUGAAGAGCUGGCAGAUAUUACAGAGGAGAUAGUGGCAGGGCAAGUUGAUGGGACAGAAGAUCUCAAACAAAAUGGACUUGAGCAGAUCUCAGCUGAUGAGGAAGCCCUUGCUGAAUACCUGGAAGGGACAAGUGAAGGUCAGACAGAACAAGGUCAAGGUCAGUCUGAGAAUGAGCAGACAUUUGCAGAAGAAGAGAUGGAGAGUGACAUUGGAAUGGUACAUGUUCAGAGUGUAACAUCUCUGAGGAAAGACUCUGUAUCUAGGAAAGGCUCUGCAUCUAGAAAACCUAAAUUGAAACUGUUCAAUCAAAACAAGGUGUCUGACAUGCAAAAGAGUUUGAAAGAACGAAAAGCUGAACUGGAAAAUUACUUGAAUCUUGAAAACACGGACAGACCGUAUCCUUGUAACUUAUGUCCAAAGCGGUUCAAGGAGCGCCACCAUCUUGUUUAUCAUCUGAGAACACACAGUGGACACAGACCAUAUGUAUGCAGUAUAUGCAAUAAAGGGUUUACACAGUCGAGUUCACUCAACACACAUAAAAAGUUACACCUCAAGGAUAUGUCUUGUGAGUUCUGUGGCCAGGUUUUCAGGAAAAUAUCUCUCUUACAGAAUCAUAUGUGUAAAGCAUUGGGAGGUGAUAAUAUUCAAAUUUGAAAUAUGUGUAAGUAAAUUUAUAUGUCAUUUGAGCAGCAUUAUUCAGUACAUAUCUGUGUUUAUUAUUUUUACAAAAUGUAGUAGCAUUAUGGAAUAGAUUCUGUGAUUUAUAUACAUGUAUAUUUUUAUUUACUUAUAAUUUGAAUGAUAUAUUUUCUGCAAGUCAUUCAGGGUGUCAUGUUGCAUAUUGGGAUAGGUCUGUGUGUUUGAGAAGCUUAUUGAUAACAAAAUGAAGUAUUUUUGCAAGUCAUUCAGGAUGCUGUGUUGCAUUAUAGGAUAGAUCUGUGUGUUUGAGAAGCUCAUUGAUAACAAAAUGAAGGAAAGAUCUGUUGAGUUUGCAAAGAAUGACACUUUUCUACAAAGAUCAUGAUUUAGUGGGAGAUCUGAUAUAUUUGCUUGUGUGACAUUUUGACAUUUAUAAAUGAUUGUGUGAAAUUGGUUUGCUGUAAGAAAUUAUGAUAUACAUUAUAGACAUUUUUUCCAUGAAAGGCAUUACUGAUCUAACUAAUGAGAUCAUUAUACAGUUUUAUUUAGAAAAAUAUUCUCGUAUAAUUGAUUGUUUUUGUAUUAAUAUUUUUGUUAUGAACUGCUGAAAAAUUCUAUGCAUUGGAACUACCUGUAAUGAAAGGCCCACCCUUUUAAAGACCACCAUUUUUGUCUCAUGUUUUUCUUUUUGUCACCAUAUUUGUGCUCUAGAUUGUUUGUCUCUAAGGUAUUUAGAUUUGUAUAUUCAUUUGCUAAAAUUAAAGCUCUUGCAAGUAUUUAGAAGUAUGUAUGCACUUCUUUCCAGAUAUAACAUACAAAUAUUAAAAAUGGCCAGUAUGAAAUUCAGAACCUGUGUGUAUAUUUCAACGUCUUAUGUUCAUAAGUUUCCAAAUCAUCAGUGUCAUCGUUCACAUUCUGUCAUCAUAAUUUUUCAGUAUAAAAUUUGAAUAUGUGCUAUACAAAUUGCGAUGAACAAACUUUUCUCAACUUUAAACUGACAGUUGUAUGAAAAGACGCAUCUAUCUGGCUCAUGCUUUUUUAACAAUGCUUCUUUAACACGUUAUCAAAAAGUUCUACAUGUUUGAAACAAAAAUUGCUCUAAAAUGUAGAAUUUCGUAAGAUUCAGCAAAUAAAAAAACAUGUGGUAUGAUAUAUAUAAGAGGUAGUAUGCUUAAUUUUUUGUUGGGUUUGAAUAUUACAAUCUUGGUCAAAUUUCCUAGUUUGCCCUCUUAAUGAUAUUUUAGCACACAGAAAAAUUUUCUUAUGAAAAUUUACCUAUUCUCAAUCAUAUUGCAAAUAAAAUAUAGGCCAAUGUGCUUACACUGUUGUAAAGAUCUGAAGUUGUUUUAUAUAUUUAUAUUUUUUUUUUAUUACACAAUGUAUACCUAUAUAAAUUCUGUCAAAAAUAUGGCUUGUAUUUCACAAGUAAAAGUGAACAGGCAGAAAACAAAUAACUCCUUAUUGUCCCUUUUGUAUGUAUGCUGCCGGACUACUUUCAUUUAAUAUGCAUGACCUGACGCAGUUUUAUAAAUAGCGCACACAAAAACGUCACUCAUUUCUAUUUGAACAUGGACAAACAUUGAAGAUUUCGUUUGAUAACAAAACAACAAACAAAAAGAUGGAGAUAUAUAAUAAAAGGGUCAUUACAAUAGUAGCUACAUGUAGAUCUGGGAUUUUGUAUUCGGCUCAGGUGGAUUUUGCUUGCGUAGCUCCUGAGAUCCGAUCUUGAAAAAGUCACUGGAGUGGAAUAACAGCAUUCCAGAUCUAGCUACUAUUAUAAUAACCUUAGUACAUUCAAACAUAAAUUAUGUAAUAAAAUAUCAGCAUAGUUGUUCCUGCUCAAGCAGUGUAUAAUAUUUUUAAGGUGUGUAAAUUUUAGUAGUAGAUUAGUUGUUGAUAUAAAGCCUUGUUGACUUAGAAUUAUUUACUUAUACUGUUAAGGUCUGAAGUUGUUUAACAUUUGUUUUUAUAUACCGGUACCCACAUGUAAAUGCUGUCUAGAUUGGUUUUCUUAUUGUUUUGUCUUUGCGUUGUAUAUACCUGUAUGCUGUUACUAAUUGUUUUGCUGGACUGUAGAUAAUUUUUGCUGUGCUAAGUAGUAUUUGUAAAUUUUGGUGAACAAAAUGGCGUCGAGUUUAGUUCAGUUAUUUUAGUCGUAUUGUGAAGAAAACUUUAAGCUUAUUAUAUCCCCAGAUACAAAGUUUACCCAUAUGUAGGUUAUUUUGGAGCAAAACAAGCAUCAAUUGUUUUCCUAAAGAUUUGCACCUCUCUGGCAACAAGGUCAGAGGUCAAGGCUGGGGUAUUAAUCACCUUCAAUGAUAGCUGUAGUUUAACUUACCCUCAAGCCUGUAAGAAAAGUUCUGAUGGUGAUUGCUACACUAGUGGUACUUGAACCAGGCUGAGCAAUUAUUAAUUUAUGAAAUUAUUAAAUAUUUAUUGUCCACUGUACUUUAGGUGUAUUCUAGUUUUGUAUCCAAAAGCAAAACAAUUUCUUUGAAGUUUAGAUUGUGCUAUGUGGUUAUGUUAGCAAACACUGUAGCCAACUAAAUCUUUAUUUAUGGUAGCAAUACAUUACGCUUAGUGAUUAAUAUUAACAGCACCAUUAUUUCAAAAACAUGAAAAUGAAAAAGAAAAUUUUCAAGAUUUUUUUUUCAUUUGAAGAAUCACCAACUGUGCAUUGUUACCAAUAUAAACAGAACUUACUUUGAUAGGGCUCACAUACAUUUAUUUACAAACUCUUUAGAUCUGUUUCUACUAGUGUGAUACAAACCUUAAGGUUGUUUCAAUGUUGUAUUUUGUUGUUGACAUUUUGAUACAAGCUGUUUUGCAUUUACACUUUUCAAAAAUAAUGUUUUGUUUGACAUGUGUGUACAUUUUAGAGUAGUGUAUCUGUAUAGGCUUACAUGUUUAUUUAUGUACAAUGGUUAGAGCUUUAAAUAGAACUGUAGUAUCGGAAUGUUGUGAAUUAGUGCAUAUUUUGUAAAUUUUCAUUCAGAAGUCGACAUUUUUUACCUUCAGGUAAUACUUGAAAUACAUGUAUAUAGAUCUAACUUAUAACUGUGUUACCAAAAAUAGUAACUGUCUUAUACAAUGUAUACUAGGGUUCAAGUGCUGGUUAUGGUCAUAGCAAAUGAUUGAUAGUUUGGAUUAAAAAAAAAUACAACCUAGAAACACAGAAAGAAAUCACCAAGCCUAGUUCACAUGAAUUGUAAGAACUUCCUCCCCAAUAAAAGUUAAAUAUGUAUGUUUAUAUUCUCUUCAACUUACAGUCAAGUUUGAAUGAAACUCGAGUUGAUCAUAGUAUUAUAAACAAGAUGAACACUUUACUCUUGUAUUGUUAUUACUAUACUUUGAACACAGAAAAGUGAAAAUAGAUACAGCAAUGAUUUUACAUACAAGUCUGUAGUGUUAGGAAUUGUUUUAGAAUCAAUUUUUUAUUCAUCUAAAAUAUAAAUGUUAUAUGACAAACAGCUAUAUUGUUGACUUUGCUUAUAAUUUAAUUUUUUAGGUCAUCUGCUGAUGUACAAACUUUAUGUAUUUUGUGUCUUGUAGAUUGUUGUUUGUAAUAUUGACUGAAAUUUAACAACAGAAUAUUUGAUAAUGCCAUUAACAUUCCAAAAUAUAUUUUGUAUUUGUUUUAAGACUGUGUAAGUGUUCAAAUAUUUAUUUUUCUAUAUGUUUUAGCUUGUUUAUAAAAUGUGCAAGAUCUGCCGUGAAAAUUGCUAAAGCUUACAUUCAGCAUAAGUAUAGAUAAGAAAUGAGCCACACCAUGAGAAAACUAACAUAGUGCUUUGUGACCAGCAUGGAUCCAGACCAGCUUGUACAUCCAUGCAGUCUGGUUAGGAUCCAUACUGUUCACUUCCAAACCAUAUUGCAAUUAGAGAAACCGUUAGAGAACAGUAUGGAUCCUGACUAGACUGUGCAGAUGUGCAGGCUGGUCUGGAUCCAUGCUGGUCGCAAAUGUACUAUGUUGGUUUUCUCAUGGUGAGUCUCAGUUAGAAUGUUAAACUUUACUAGUAGAACUGAAAAAUGUUAAGUUAAAAAAUGUAACCUUACAGAUCGGAUGUGAACCCUAAUCAUUAUUAGUAAAUGGAGUUAUUGAUAGUUUAAUGAAAAAAUUGGUUGAAAUGUUGAAUAGGGCAUGUCGUCAGAUUUAUUUCAAAUUCUUCAAAAUUCAUAACAUUCAAAAUGAAAGGCUAAAAUACUGUAAAAUUACUAAUAUCCAUAGGGGACUUACUUUUGCAGAUUUCUUAUUUGUGUUAGUUCAUAAAUUUGAAUCACAAUGUACAUGUACAUAUUCUCUUUCUUUUUAUGUUCAAAGGUCAAAAUCCAUGAAUUCUUAUUCCCAUGAAGUAGCUACUAUGAACAAAAACAUGAAGUUUGGUAUUCCCUUGAAAUUUAAUGGUUUCCAAGUUUAUGUAAGCUUGUGUUAUUUAAAUAAAAGUAUUCUGUAGUGUGUAAAUUAUGCAGAAAAAACUUUAGAAAUGCUAGACUUGCAUUGGAAAUCUGACAUAAGAUCCAAGGAAUUUAGCAUUUCUUAACAUCAUAUAGAUAUUAUCUUAAAAUACCGGUAUAUGGAUUAAUGAUUUUGAUAUUUGAUAUAUAUACAUUGUUAUUUGUUUAGUAAUUUAAAUACUUCCAUGGCAUGAUCAUUCGGUAGAAAUGCCCCUUUAAGAAACAGUUGAUCAUGCCCCUUUAAGAAACAGUUGAUCAAAUCAGUGCACUGUACAAUGUGAUAUUAGAUAUUCCACCGAAACCUGUGAAACAGUGAAAUAUGUUAUUAUUAGUGUAUAUGAGCCGUGCCAUGAGAAAACCAAGAUAGUGGGUUUGCGACCAGCAUGGAUCCAGACCAGCCUGCGCAUCCACGCAGUCUGGUCAGGCUCCAUGCUGUUCGCUUUUAAAGCCUACUGGAAUUGGAGAAACUGUUAGCGAACAGCAUGGAUCCUGACCAGACUGCGCGGAUGCGCAGGCUGGUCUGGAUCCAUGCUGAUCGCAAACCCACUAUGUUGGUUUUCUCAUGGCACGGCUCAUAUAUAUAAUUAAUUUUGUGGUCUUUAAAGUUUGUUUUAGUUCUGUUCUUAUAAAACAGCAUGAUUUAAUUUGAUGUUAUGUAGAAAAUGUUCACAUUCCAGUUUAUAUACCAACCAACUUAAAAAUAUGAAAAAUCUGUAUUUUUUGUAUUACAUUCCAGUAAAUGCCAAUUUGUGAUAGUUUAAGGGUCUGAACAUCUUUGGUUUUUGAUAGUUUUGAGAUGUUUUGUAGCUUUUGAUGAUACAUGUCAUGAUCUAAGCUUGCACUUAAUGUAAAUGAUUUUGUUUUACAAUUAAGAUCUGCUUUUGUGUGAUUAACUUUCAAUGUUUUGCACAAUUAACAUUCAAGACAUAUUUGUUUUGUUGUUUUAUACGAUUUUAUAAUAAUGAUUUAGAAUAUGUUAUGACAUAAUAACCAUUUUGUUGCUUUAAUGUGUGUAUUUUUAUGCAGAGGACAUGUUUUUUUCUACAUCCUGAUUACUUUAGCUUUGAACCAUCUACAUAGAGUUUAAGCUAGAAAAUUUUUAAGAUGGUAGCUUAAGAUAAAGUAUCCAACUUUAGCUUUCAGCUUACAAUUUUCACUGUAAACUGGCUAUCUGGGCUUUCAAUCUAUAACUUAAGCUUUCAGCAGAUAAAUUCAGUCUUCAGCUUGCUUUAACUUGCUUCAAAUUAAAUGUUGGACUUUGACUUUACCCUGAUACCUUUAAUCUCCAGCUUCAAGUAAAGCUUUAAACAUUCAUCUUUAGCUUUAAAGCAAAAACUUUAGCUUUAAACUUUCUCAACUUUAGCCAGAAAACGACAGCUUCAGCAUUAGCCUUAGAAUUUUUGCUCCUGAUUGAAAUUGACAAUGAUUGGACAUUAAUUUUCACCGAAAGAUUUAGAUUUAUUACAUAGAGUUUAGUUAAUAUGGAAACUUAAACUGUUUGUGUGUUUUAAAAGUUUUGAUACCAUACAUAAUGGUUUUUUAAGUGUUUUGUUUCUAACUUUAGUAUUGUUUACACAUUUUUCUUGACAUAGUUCUAUAAAAUAAUGCAGCAGCUUAAUCUAUAAAUAAGUUCUGUUAUUUUUUUUUGAAAUUUGAGAAAAAAAUGAGAAUCUCCGAGUUCUAGUCAGCUUUGGAUUUAAACUGAAGUAUUACAUCAAACAAGAUCACAGUAUUUCAGUGGUACAUGUGUGACACCUCGCAAAGAGUGGUAACAGGGCCAUUAUUUUAAUCAUCUGUUCCUAUAGGGUGGUCUGUCUUUGUGCUUACACUGAAAUUUGAGCGGUGCCAUGGGAAAACCAACAUAGUGGCUUUGCGACCAGCAUGGAUCCUGACCAGACUGCGUGGAUGACCAGCAUGGAUCCAGACCAGCCUGCGCAUCCGCGCAGUCGGAUGCGCAGUCUUGUCAGGAUCCAUGCUGUUCGCUUUCAAAGCCUAUAGCAAUUAGAGAAACCGUUAGCGAACAGCAUGGAUCCUGACCAGACUGUGUGGAUGCGCAGUCUGGUCUGGAUCCAUGCUGGUCGCAAAGCCACUAUGUUGGUUUUCCCAUAGCACGGCUCAUAAAAAUAAUCUUAAGUGAAAGCUGCAAAAUUCACCGUGUAGAUAUUUAUUAUUGCUUGUAAAGUGCAAUGAAAUGUAAGCAUUUCAAAUUGAAACCAAAGAAAAGCAUUUGCUUUAGUGUUUGUUGAAGAAAAAAAUGUAAUUUACACAUAGAUUUAUGUAGAUUUUGGUUUUUUAGCUCGACUAUUCGAAGAAUAGUCUAGCUAUUCUACUCACCCUGGCAUCGGCGUCGGCGUCAGUGUCACACCUUGGUUAAGUUUUUGCAAGCAAGUACAUACAGCUAUCAUUUAAAGGCAUAUAGCUUUGAAACUUAUUUAUUCUUUUUCUAGGUCAAUUACCAACCUCACUGGGUCAAGUUCCAUAACUCUAACAUGUAUUUUGAGCAAAUUAUGCCCCCUUUUGGACUUAGAAAAUUCUGGUUAAAGUUUUACAUGCAAGUUACUAUCUCCAAAACUAAUGUAGAUAUUGAAUUGAAACUUCACAUGUGCCUUCGGGGUUAUAAAACUAGUUGAUAGCAGCAAGUCCCAUAACUCUGACAUGUAUUUUGGCCAAAUUAUGUCCCCUUUUGGACUUAGAAAAUUCUGGUUAAAGUUUUGCGUGCAAGUACAUACAGCUAUUACUAAAAGGCAUAUAGAUUUGAAACUUAUUUUUUCUUUUUCUAGAUCAAUUACCUACCUCACUGGGUCAAGUCCCAUAACUCUGACAUGUAUUUUGGCCAAAUUAUGUCCCCUUUUGGACUUAGAAAAUUCUGGUUAAAGUUUUGCGUGCAAGUACAUACAGCUAUUACUAAAAGGCAUAUAGAUUUGAAACUUAUUAUUUCUUUUUCUAGAUCAAUUACCUACCUCACUGGGUCAAGUCCCAUAACUCUGACAUGUAUUUUGGCCAAAUUAUGUCCCCUUUUGGACUUAGAAAAUUCUGGUUAAAGUUUUGCGUGCAAGUACAUACAGCUAUUACUAAAAGGCAUAUAGAUUUGAAACUUAUUUUUUCUUUUUCUAGAUCAAUUACCUACCUCACUGGGUCAAGUCCCAUAACUCUGACAUGUAUUUUGGCCAAAUUAUGUCCCCUUUUGGACUUAGAAAAUUCUGGUUAAAGUUUUGCGUGCAAGUACAUACAGCUAUUACUAAAAGGCAUAUAGAUUUGAAACUUACUUUUUCUUUUUCUAGAUCAAUUACCUACCUCACUGGGUCAAGUCCCAUAACUCUGACAUGUAUUUUGGGCAAAUUAUGCCCCCUUUUGGACUUAGAAAAUCCUGGUUAAAGUUUUACAUGCAAGUAACUAUCUCCAAAACUACUACAGAAAUUAUAUUGAAACUUCACAUGUGUCUUGGGGUUAUAAAACUAGUUAAUAGUACCAAGUCCCAUAACUCUGACAUGUAUUUUGGGCAAAUUAUGCCCCCUUUUGGACUUAGAAAAUCCUGGUUAAAGUUUUGCGUGCAAGUACAUACAGCUAUUACCAAAAGGCAUAUAGCUUUGAAACCUAUUUAUUCUUUUUCUAGGUCAAUUACCAACCUCACUGGAUCAAGUUCCAUAACUCUAACAUGUAUUUUGAGCAAAUUAUGCCCCCUUUUGGACUUGGAAAAUUCUGGUUAAAGUUUUACAUGCAAGUUACUAUCCCCAAAACUAAUGCAGAUAUUGAAUUGAAACUUAACAUGUUUCUUCAGGGUUAUAAAACUAGUUGAUAACAUCAAGUCCCAUAACUCUGAUAUGUAUUUUGGUCAAAUUAUGUCCCCUUUCUAACUUAAAACUCUUUUGAUAUUUCACAUUUUGGGUAAUAAUUUCCUGCUUCUGUGACAAUAUUUCGAAUAGUCGAGCUUGGCUGUCUUACGGACAGCUCUUGUUUACAAGAUAUUCACACUCUUUUACAACAUAUUUCACAUUGAUGGCAUAUUUCAUGUUUUUACAGCAUAUUUCUCACACUUUUUCAGCAUAUUUCACACACUUUUUGAGUCUAUUUCACACUCUAAACAUUAGAGAUUAGAUGAACUUAGAUAUUAUUGUGUGACUAAAAUAAGUUUCAUUUGUUUGUAAAUUAACAAUUGGCUGUUAUUUGUUACAUAUGGACCACCAACCUUACAGUGCGUUAAAAGGGAGACAAAGCCUUUUAAUUAUUAUAGAAUUUUUUUUUUCUGCUUUGUAUAAAUAAGACACAAAGGAAAUAUUUCUUUCUAAGAACAUGUGCUUGAAUUAUUUUGCUAACUUCCUUUGUAUGCCAGGUUAGGAUGUUAUGAUCUGAAAAGUGCAAUGGAAUGCUUUAUACAGUUUUUCUGUAAACAUUCUCUGAUUGUUCAGACCACCCGAACCUAAUGCCAGGAGAGGCACUUCGGGUCUUUCUCCACCACCAAAUGCUGGAAAAUUGCCGUUUGACCUUUAAUUUUUCAGUGUGAUGUUAGUCACAACAAAAACAAAAAUAACAUCCCCAAAACAAAAUAUCGGGCAUAUGAUUCAAAAUGCUUUAACUUAAGCUCUUUUGAAACUUUACAGAAAUUUAGAUUUUCAAAAAGAUCUGUGGUAAGUGAUCAAAGUAGACCAUAUUGAAAACUUUUUUUUUGACAUGUAAAGUCUAGUAUUUGUUGUGUUAGAUAGGGUGAUAUUGAACUUCUUGUCUGUUCUGCCAAAUCCAUAACAGGUUUUCUUUUGUUGGCUCGAGGCUUUGAAAGAUCAAGAUAUAUUAUAAACAUCAUACGUCAGACCUCUGGAGAUAUCUUUAUGGACAUAAAUUUCAUGGCCAGAAAUGUGGUAGUGUGAUGUUGAAUUUUUUAGAUCUUUUUAAAGAACAAAAGAUGUGUUGUUCCCUGUGUAAAAUUCUGGCCAAAGACAAAACUUGAAAUAUUAUUUCUUUUAAAUUUUACCUAAAAAUGUGACUUUUAUCCAGUAUUUAGAAAGUUUCAUAGCCAUCCAUUAAUCAAAUUAAUACAAAAUAGUCAAAAUUAAAUUUUAAGAAAAGUUUUAGUGUCUUUGCAGUUCAAAUUUCCUUUGACCACCUCGGAGUUUAUAAAGAUGAUGUAUAAUAUGAAUAGUGUGGACUUGCAUUUCAAGAGAAACAAAGGAAGAAAAACUUGUUAUGGACAAGGUGGACCAAACAGUAUUGAUGUUAGUGAUAUUGAACAAAAUGAUGUGAAUCAGUCAUUAGGGACUUUCUGUCCUGUGAUUAAAAUCAAAAUAUGUUUUCUUGUAUUGUUAAAAAAUUCCAAUAGCAAUAAAACAGUAAUGUGUAGUUUAUAUGAAUAAAAUUGUGUUUAAAUGUG